AUGUCCAACAAAGCCAGGAGGAUGCUGGUUCUGCUGCUGAUCAUCCUGAAGGAAGCUGGCCCGACCGCAGCCUGCAGCAGCAGCUGUUCAUGGUCACCGUUAUGUUGUGCACGGUGUCACUGCGAGGACAGAGGCCUCACCAGUGUUCCUCAGGACCUGCCUACAAACAUCACUUUGCUUGACUUGGAGGGCAAUAACAUCACAACCUUAAGUCAGUCUGAUUUCUCAAGGUAUAGGAGCUUGACAUGGUUAGAUCUUAGUUCCAAUCAGAUCUCCAUAAUCCAUAACAAAACAUUCCACAACUUAACCAGCCUGGGUGGACUGUACCUUCAUCAUAAUCAUCUGACCACUCUGUCAGCUGACAUAUUUGAGGGACUUGGUAACUUAGAGUGGCUUGGCCUUCAAAAUAAUAACAUCCACAGUAUCGAGGCAGGCACAUUUAAUGACACAACAAAGCUUAGUUAUCUAUUCCUUCAGAACAACAACAUCGGCACCAUCACAGCUAACAUAUUUGGGAACCUACCUCAGCUUAAAAUGCUGAGACUUUCUCAUAAUGACAUCAAAACUUUCCCUGUAGAGGCCUUAUCAAAUUUAAAUAUUUCAGCAUUGUCAGAGCUUACAUUAUAUUCUAACAAAUUAGAGACACUACCGCCCAUGGCAUAUGACAUAAUGGCUUCCAUUUCAACGGUUCACAUUGGCAACAAUCCCUGGCAGUGUGACUGUAGGAUGGUUCCCUUUAAGCAGAGGAUAGAUGGGUCUAACUCAUUUGAAAACCAGAUCAGAUGUGCCGGACCUGCUAACCUUCAAAGGCAAUACUUACGGGAUGUAAAUCCUGAAGACCUGAUCUGUGAAGAGACAACACCAGUCUACUCCACUUCUAGCACAAAACACAUGACUGACUCUACUCUUAGCUUGUCUCCAGUCAGCAGUUCUUCUCCUUUUCAUCAGUCAGUAUCAAAAGCACUAACAUUGUCCCCAACACAGAGCACCGCCCCCACUGCUGACUCUAACACAGGCUGGUCUACAGUCAGUACUGAUUCUCCUUUUGGUACCAAUACUGGCCCUGCUGAUGGUGGCAUUGUCCUGUCUGUGCCCCUUCUUGCUACCUUGGGGGCUAUUCUUGGACUCCUCCUUAUCUGCACUAUAGCCUUUGCAGUAGGGUGCAUGUAUAAGAGGAGGCAAAGGGAUCCUCCUCAGCAAGGCUUAAGCAACACAAACCCCACAGGCACAUCCAGUGGUCUAAGUGAGCAGAUGGAGCUACCGGCAGUUGGCACAAGUGCAGGAAUAAACAGUCAAUCUGAAACAUCCCAUUUUGAUACAGAAGACAGCCAGCAUAUCUAUAACCUCCCAACAGAUGAGGACCCUGACACAGCCGAGUACAACACCAUAGACGAUAUCGAUCAGUCAGAAAGUCCACACCAAGAUGCAGGGCAAAUUCAGCAUCUCGGCAGCUUUAACGAUGGUUAUGAGGUUCCGUUUCCCUUCCUGUGUUCUGGAGAAGGUCCACAGUCCCACAAAUAUGAGAACAGGCAGGAUCCACAGUCCCACAAAUAUGAGAACAGGCAGGUGGCAGCAGCUGCUAAAGAUGCUGCAGCUGGUCCACAGCUUAUGGUUUAUGAGAAUGAGGAUGAGAUGGAAUCUGCAAAGGAAGAUCCACAGUCCCACAAAUAUGAGAACAGGCAGGUGGCAGCAGCUGCUAAAGAUGCUGCAGCUGGUCCACAGCUUAUGGUUUAUGAGAAUGAGGAUGAGAUGGAAUCUGCAAAGGAAGAUCCACAGUCCCACAAAUAUGUGAACAGCCAGAUGACAGCAGCUGCUAAAGAUGCUGAUGCUGCAGCUGGUCCGCAGGUUAUGUUAUAUGACAAUGAUGAUGAGGUAGAACCUGCAAAGGAAACUACAUGUAUGUAA